AUCAGAUGGUAGGGCUGAAGGCACCGGCACCGGAGGGUGGGGCCAGGCACUUACUCUGGUUGCCAGGAAGCAAGACGGGACAUAAUGGGGCCUGAGAGUUUCAUGAAAGGGUUGUCAAGCUGCUCUGCUAUGCUUUCUCAAGAGGGUAACCACCACCGCAGGUGCUGCAAGCCAUAAGCGCCCCCCGCGCCUGCGCCAUGGGCUCAGAAGUCUGGGUCGGCACUUGGCGGCCACAUCGGCCCCGCGGCCCCAUCGCGGCGCUCUACAGAGGCCCGGGGCCCAAAUACAAGCUGCCACCGAACACCGGUUACAAACUGCACGACCCAUCUCGGCCGCGAGCCCCCGCCUUCACCUUCGGCUCGCGCCUGCCCUUGCAGCACACAACCUGCGGGCCCGGGCCGAGCCAUCUGGUGCCCGCCCGCAUGACCGUGCGCGGCACCGACGGCGCCCCGGCAUUCUCCAUCUAUGGUCGCCUACGCCACACAGCGCCCUUCCUCACUCCGGGACCGGGCAGGUACUUCCCAGAACGCUCGGGAAACGCGACGUACCCCAGCGCUCCCCGGCAUACCAUCGCUCCCCGAAACUGGGGCAUUCUCACGAAGCAACAAACCCCAGGCCCUGGGUCCUACACUGUGCCUUCGCUCUUGGGCCCACGUGUCAUAGGCAAAGUCUCAGCCCCAACUUACUCCAUCUACGGCCGCAGCAAUGUGGGCAGCUGCUUCGAGGACCUCAGCAAGACCCCAGGCCCGUGUGCCUACCACGUUGUGAACCCCGGGGUCUACAAGAACCGAGCCCCGCAGUUCACCAUGCUGCCGCGGACUUCAGUACCCCAAGAAAGCACUCAGAGGCCAGGACCCGCAAGCUACAGCGUGGACGAGCACCGGAAGCCUCGUGGCUGGAGCUUCGGAAUCAGGCACUCAGACUAUCUGGCCCCCAUGAUACCCCGCGUGAACGACUGAUGCCAGCAGGCGCGCACCGGCCCUCGGUUGUUUGCUUAAAGCUUUUCAAGCCAG